CUGGCAGAGAGAAAGAAAGAAGAGGACAAGUACUGACUCUAUUGACCCCCAUUACAUGAGAAACCACCAGAGAAGGACAACAUCCCUGGAUCAACAUCAUCGAUCAUUUCUGGAGUAACUCUCUGAUGACCACCGAAUAAAUUAGGCUUUAACUAAAAGAUUUAGUAGAAAGAAAUACAAAUUCUGCGCUUUGUAGGCAUUGCCAUUCAUCAGGACUUGACAAAAACGCUCUGAUCCAGCUGGGCACCUUAAAAAAAUACUUUAUACAGAAGAGGAAAUACUUCUAUUUAUCUAAAAACUCUUUAUGAAGUGAAGUUCAGACAACCGGACAAUCUGAAACAUCUCAAAAUGGAGGACCACAUGACCAAAAGGAACCCGUUUUCUUCUUACACAUGUAAUGACUUCUCAGAUGGACCACAAGAAAUGAGUCCAGUCCCAGGUAAAGCACAUGGCCACAGUCUGCUGUGUAACGUGUGCUCUGAUUCAAGCAGCGGAAAACAUUAUGGCAUCUACGCUUGCAAUGGUUGCAGCGGCUUCUUCAAGCGCAGCGUGAGACGAAGAAUCAUCUACAGGUGUCAGGCUGGAACAGGCAGGUGCCCUGUAGACAAGGCUCAUCGAAACCAAUGUCAAGCUUGUCGAUUAAAGAAAUGUCUCCAGGCUGGCAUGAACAAAGAUGCUGUGCAGAAUGAGCGACAGCCUCGAAGCACAGCCCAUGUGAGUCUAGACUCUAUAAGUGUAGAUCCUAAAAGAGAGCACCUGGCCACCACACAGGUGCUCCCUUCCUCUGCUAGCUACCCGUCAGUCAUCCGCAGACCUCUGGUCACUUCUUCCGUCCCCACCUCUGCCACCAUACAGCCCUGCAGCAACCCAAACAACUACCAGCGAUUUAUGGCCAGUCUGCUGACUGCAGAGACCUGUGCAAAACUGGAGCCUCAGAAUGCAGAGGAGAAUAUUGAUGUGACAACCAAUGACUCAAAAAGAGAUCGGUCUCCCUCUGACUGUCUUAUGUCCCCGUACACCUCCAGCUGUUCAGAGAAUAUAUAUGAGACAUCAGCACGCCUCCUCUUUAUGUCUGUCAAGUGGGCAAAGAAUUUGGCUGUUUUUGCGCACUUGCCAUAUCGAGACCAGGUGAUUCUGCUCGAGGAAGCUUGGAGUGAGAUGUUCCUCUUGUGUGCCAUCCAGUGGUCACUGCCCUUGGACAGCUGUCCUCUUCUGUCUCUGCCAGAUCUUUCUCCCACACGGCAGGCCAAGACCAGUCUCCCCAGAGCUGACCUGCGCAUCCUGGAGGAGGUCUUUAAUCGCUUUAAGGCCCUGGCGGUUGACCCUACUGAGUUUGCUUGCCUGAAAGCCAUUGUACUCUUCAAGCCAGAGACACGCAGCCUCAAAGACCCAGAGCAGGUGGAGAAUCUGCAGGACCAGUCACAGGUGUUACUAGGUCAGCACAUCCAUUCACUAUACCCCAGCCAAGGUGCCAGGUUUGGGAGACUAAUACUUCUGCUGCCAUCCCUCCACUCUGUGAGCCCGGAGAAAAUAGAGCAGCUGUUCUUUCAAAGGAUCAUCGGCAACACACCCAUGGAGAAGCUGCUGUGUGACAUGUUCAAAAACUAAGACACAAAUAAAACGAGCACAAAGGAAAGCCAAAUGACUCCUGGUACAAAAACACAAUGAACCAACCCUCAAGCAACAUGUUUUCUGUUUUUUACCUUUUUUUACCAAAGCAAUGUUAAAAUAGCACAGGAGGAAACUUUUCCCCCACUUUAAGUCAACAAGUAUGCACUCUUCAAAGUUCUUCACGUUCUAAUAAAUAAGCAUACAGGUUAAAUUCAGUGAUUAUUUCGUGAUUUUCUUUGUAAAUAUUGUAAGUAGUUUGUAUUUGAAAGAACUGAGUUGGGAGGAAGCAUGUUUUUUUAUUAAAGUAAAUGAAAAUGAA